AUGGUAAAAACUGAUCAUAUUAAAUUCAUUGAUGAAUGGGACAAACAACAUGCUCCAAAGGAUCAUGUUUGGCAUCCCAUGACAAAGAAGGAGCUUCGUCACUAUCAAGAACAACCUUUCCUUUCCAAAGUGGGAGAAACGUUAUCCUCCAAUCUAAAGAAUAUACCACUCAUUGGAGAGCAAUUAGAGUCACAAAAGAAUUCAUGGCAAGAGCAAAAUAUGAGAAAACAAAGAAAGGAGACUGAUACCAUGGGUUAUGCUGGCAUCAAUUUAGAAGACACAGCGUUCCUUAAAACUCUCGACGAGCCUCAUUAUUGA